CCUGAAGGUGUGGCAGGAACAGGUUUCCGGCUCAGACAGAAAUCCAGAGGAACUAACUGUUGUCGUCAUGGCUACUUUAUGGGAUGACCUGGACAGUCUUGUGAAUUCUCCUUCAUCCUUCGCAGCGAAAGGUGGAGAAAGAGGAACUGUUAAGCCCAAAGCAAACUUUGAUGCUAAAGAGGACGCUGUGGCUCUGAGGAAGGCCAUUGAAGGACUCGGCACCACAGAGAAAACUCUGAUUGACGUUCUGACCCACAGAAGCAGCGCUCAGAGGCAGCUCAUCUGUGAAGCUUAUCAGGAAGCCACUGGAAGAACGUUACUGGACGACCUGAAAGGAGACACCAACGGUGACUUUGAGGACCUGCUGGUGGCGCUCGUCACCCCUCCUGCAGCGUACGACUGUCAUGAAGUGAUGCGGGCGAUGAAAGGAGCCGGAACAAGCGACAGCGUCUUGAUUGAAAUCUUUGCCUCCAGAACCAACCAACAAAUCAAAGCUCUCUGUGACGUCUAUCUGGAAGAAACAGAGAAGAAGUUGACCCUUGACCUGAAGACUGAAGUUUCUGGAGACUAUUGCACGGCUCUGCUCCUCCUGGCUGAGGGCAAGAGGGACGAGAGCACCGCAGUAGAUGCACAUAAGGCAAAAGAAGAUGCAAAGACCCUUUAUGAUGCCGGGGAGAAGAAGUGGGGCACGGAUGAAUCUAAGUUCAUUGACAUCCUCUGUCACAGAAGCAUCCCUCAACUGAGACAAACUCUCGUUGAAUACAAGAACAUCAGCGGAAAAACCCUUCAAGAAAGCAUCGAAGGAGAGAUGUCUGGAGAGCUGGAGGAGCUGCUGGUGGCUGUUGUGAAAUGUGUGAAGAGCGUGCCGAUCUACUUUGCAGAACGCCUGUACGAGAGCAUGAAGGGCGGUGGAACAGAUGAGUCCACUCUGAACCGGAUCAUGGUGAGUCGGUCUGAGAUCGACCUGCUGGACAUCAGAGCCGAGUUCAAGAAGCUCUACAGCUACUCGCUGCACUCCGCCAUCGAGUCGGACCUGUCAGGCGAACACGGGGACUGCGUGAAGGCCAUCUGCGGAGGAGACGACUAACUAACCCGUCCACCCGAAGCCCGAGAAGAAACCUUACUUCCUCUUUAACUCACACUGUAGGCUCUCUGUCCUUCUCUCUGAUUCUGAUACUCGUCUGGCGUGCUUCAUCUUCAAACUACUCACUUGUUUACAGCAUUAAAGAUUGAUCCCGUGCAUGUCGACAGCCUGAGAUGCCAGAUGAAGUUUUAAUAUAAAAUUCUGUUUUGUUUCAGUCUGAUUGCCACGGGAAGUAUGAAAAGACUCUGCUAAAAAUUUGCGGAGGAGAUGAUGAGUCCUAACAUCGACGUGUUCUCCUUCCUCUCGCUCUUAGUUUCUCUCAUUUUAACAUUUCACUGAGUCAGAUUUUAUCAACGUGAAACAUUCACUUCUCUACAUCUUCUUAUGUUAAAUACGAGAGGAAACAGCUUCCUAAACUUCACAUGGACUUUAUUUAUUAUAAAAGGAAACACACGCUCAAAAACCUGCUAUGAAAAAAACAAUUUUAGCAAUUUACCAUGCUUCAUUUAUGCGUUAGUAAUUUAAAAUAGUCAUUUUUUCUUCUACCUGCUGAAAACUUGACAACUAUAGAAGAUGUGAUGUGAUGUGCAGAGAACUAAAACAUCAGACAAAUAAAUUAAGAGGAGAUUUCUUUUCAUUUUUUGUACAAAAAAAUGACAAAAAUGAGUUUGUCCUUGCUGAAAAUCUGUAUAAUAUAGGAUACACAUGUAUAAAUGGUCGGCCAAUCAUUGUAAUUGAAUUCACCGUAACCAUAAUAAUGCUAAAAUGAUUAGACAAUCAAUUAAUUAUUGGAUAAAUGGCAUCAAUGGAUCAAUCAAUGGGAAUUUUGAUCACAGGUUCUGGAUUUUUUGGUUCUAUUUCAUUAUUUUAUUAACUAAAUCACUGAUGAUGCCGUGCAAAGCUCUUCACAUAAAACAUAAUUAAGUGUAGGAUAUCCUCUAGAAAUUAAAAAUAACCACAACAUAGGCGUAGAGGGGAUUAAAAGAAAACAGAAGACAAAUUCAAAGGAUAAAAUAACACAUUUGAUCUUCUUCGCUUUCAUCUCUUUUAUGUUUUUCUUGUAACCUCCAGACAUAAUAAACACCCUCAUGAAUCUUU